AUCACUCAAACACUGAACCAAAGUCCACUGACAGACAGACAGCAGACGGAGGGACAGAGGAAAGAGGAAGAGAGAGUAACCUGUGAGCAAAAAUCAACAAAGCGAAGGAAAGCCAAGAGAGAAACGAGGAAAGAUAAGGAAGAAGAGUGAGUGGAGAGAGAGAGAGAGGUCCUGUGUGCUGUCUCACUGAAACAAACAAACCAACCCACCUAAACACCGUGUCUGUCAAUCUGUCCUCUUCGAACCCCUUCUGUCAGCAGUAGGAAUACAUAGUUAACCCUCCAGCCAGUCUAAUCUGUCUGACUGUUCUUCAGUGUUUCAGUGGUUGUGUUCAUCAGUAAAGAAAGUCCACCUUAUCACAGUCAGUAAAGAGUCAGUUUUGUCAGUUUGUUGAUUAGUUGGUCCGUCAGCAAGUGAGUAAGAGUCCUCAUCCCUCAGUGCUUCAGUCAGUGCUCAAGAACCAAAACCUUUAAAACCAUACUGUCAAAGUAACCGUCGCCAUGGCCCCCAAGAAGAAGGCCAAUCGCACAAAGAAGAUUACCCCGGAGCCAGUCGUCUCCCAGGUAACCACUGUCACCACACAGAUGGCAGGAGGAGUGGUGGUGGUGGAAGGUGUGAAGAAGAUCGAGGAGAUGGCCGCACUGGACAUCGUACAGCUUAACCAUUUCAACCUCCCCCUGCCCCCUCCCGUCAUCAAGCCCGGAGAGAAGGGCCUGGGCCUGGGCUGUGAAGUAACCCGCCCCCUCCACGGAAACGCCCUGCUGGAGGAGGUGAGCCGCAUGCGCCAGGAGCGCUUCCUCACCGACCUGGAGCUGGCCUGUAAGACCAAGGCCUUUGACGUUCACAAGCUGGUCAUUUCCUCCGUCAGCCGGUACUUCCGGGAGAUCCUGGCCAAGGACCCCGGAAUGAAGCGUCUAGAGUUACCUUCACUCUCCCCCCUCGGCCUGGCCAACGUGAUCACCUUCGCCUACCUGGGCCGCGUCCACAUGUCCCUGUACACCAUCGGCUGCACUGUGUCCGCCGCUGCCACCCUUCAGAUCCCCCAGUUGCUCCAGAUGUGCAUGGACUUCCUGCUGGCCGAGAUGAACGUGCAGACGUGCGUGUACGUGUGGAACAUCGCCGCCGCCUACGGCCUGUUUCCCGUGCGCGAUGCGGCCCGCCGCUUUGUGCUGGAGAACUUUGUCGCGUUCACCGAGACGCCCCUGUUCAACCAGCUGACCCUGGAACAGAUCACAGCCUUCCUCCAGGAGGACAGCCUGCUGCUGCCAUCUGAAGUCACCGCCUUCCAGUUGGCCAUGAAAUGGCUGGACUUCGACCCCAAGCGUCAGGUGCACGCCGCCGAACUGCUGUCCCACGUGCGCUUCGAGACCAUCCCUGCCAGCGAGUUGGUCAGCGAGAUCCAGCCUGUGGCGAGAAUGAUGAUGGACCCUCACUGCCACCGCCUGCUGGUGGACGCCAUGAACUACCACCUGCUGCCCUACCAGCAGAACACGCUGCAGUCUCGCCGCACGCAGGUGCGUGGCGGACAGGCCACCCUUCUGACUGUUGGGGGGCGUCCCUCCGUCACCGAGCGGGCACUGAGUAGAGUGGUGCUAUGGAGAGACCCACGUGAGGGUGUGGCCACCUGGCGCCACCUGUCCCAGCUGCCCGCUAAGAGCUUCAACCAGUGUGUGGCUGUGAUGGACGGCUUCCUGUACGUGGCCGGAGGAGAGGACCAGAACGAUGCACGCAACCAGGCCAAGCACGCUGUCAGCACCCUCAGCAGGUACGACCCUCGCUUCAACACCUGGCUGCAUCUGGCUAGCAUGCGCCAGCGCCGUACCCACUUCAGCCUGGUGGCCACUGGCGGGCGCCUGUACGCCAUUGGCGGCCGCAACGUGGAGGGCCUGCUGGCCACCACCGAGAGCUACCUGCCCUCCUCCAACACCUGGCAGCUCAAGACACCCAUGGAGGUGCCACGUUGCUGCCACGCCAGUGCCGUGCUGCCCUCCGGAGACAUCCUGGUGACCGGCGGCUACAUCAACUGCGCCUACUCGCGCUCCGUGGCCUGCUACAACGUUGAGACGGACACCUGGAGUGAGAAGGCCAGCCUGGCGAGCCCCCGAGGAUGGCACUGCUCCUCCACCCUGGGAGGGAAGGUCUACGUGGUGGGUGGUAGCCAGCUGGGCCCCAGCGGAGACCGUGUGGACGUCUUGUCCAUGGAGGUGUUCUCCCCAGAGAACGGUGAGUGGAGCCGGGUCCCCUUGCCCAUGGGCGUGAGCACGGCAGGCCUGUCGCCCCUCGGGGAACAGCUGUACCUGAUGGGUGGCUGGAACGAGGCCGAGAAGCGCUACAAGGCGGCCGUGCAGAAGUACACCCCGGCAACAGACAGCUGGUCCAUGGGGGAGGAUCUGCCCGAGGCCACUGUGGGUGUAUCCUGCUGCGCCCUGACCCUCCCACCCCGCCACACCCCCCGCAGGCAGCAGCACCACAACACUCCAGCAACCAAGGAGGAGCAGCCACAGAGAAAGAUCCAUGUGGUCCCACAGCCCAUCACUGCCUGAGAGAUUUAGAAGAAGUGAGGUCAAGAGAGCGAAGGGAGGUUGAUAGAAGGGAGGAGUGACAGAGAGCAAGAAGUUGAGGAGAGGUAGGAACAGAGAGCUGUCGAUCGAGAAGCAGAGCCGUAGAACAGGAAAGAUGGAAGGGAUAACUAUUCACUUAUUCUAAAAUGUAUUACAUGUUUGUUAUCAUCAAUCUACACACAAUACCCCAUAACGACAAAGCAAAAAUAGGAUUUUAGACAUUUUUGCUAAUUUAUUAAAAAUAAAAUCUGAAAUAUCAGAUUAACAUAAGUAUUCAGACCCUUUACUCAGUACUUUGUUGAAGCACCUUUGGCUUCUUGGGUAUGACGCAACAAGCUUGGCACACAUGUAUUUGGGGAGUUUCUCCCAUUCUUAUUUGCAGAUCCUCUCAAGCUCUGUCUGGUUGGAUGGGGAGCGUUGCUGCACAGCUAUUUUCAGGUCUCGAUCGGGCUCUGGCUGGGCCACUCAAGGACAUUCAGAGACCUGUCCCAAAGCCACUCCUCUAUUUUCUUAGCUGUGAGCUUAAGGUCGUUGUCCUGUUGGAAGGUGAACCUUCGCCCCAAUCUGAGGUGCUGAGUGCUCUGGAGCAGGUUUUCAUCAAGUAUCUCUGUACUUUACUCCAUUCAUCUCUCCCUCGAUCCUGACUAGUCUCCCAGUCCCUGCUGCUGAAAAACAUCCCAACAGCAUGAUGCUGCCAUCACCAUGCUUCACCGUAAGGAUGGUAACAGGUUUCCUCCAGACUUGACACUUGGCAUUCAGGCCAGAGUUCAAUCUUGUUUUCAUCAGAACAGAGAAUCUUGUUUCUCAUGAUCUGAGACUUCUUUAGGUGCCUUUUGGCAAACUCCAAGCUGGCUGUCAUGUACCUUUUACUGAGGAGUGGAAUCUGUCUGGCCACUCUACCACGAAGGCCUGAUUUGUGAGGACAGACGCUGGGAGACGAGAUGCAAGAAGCGCUGUUGCGCGUAACAAUGGUGACAGGUGUGCCCUCGAGCGCCAGAGAGGGGGAGCGGGAGCAGACAUGACAUGAUUGGUGGAAUGCUGCAGAGAUGAUUGUCCUUCUGGAAGGUUCUUUCUUCUCCACAGAUGAACUCUGUCAGAGUGACCAUCGUGUUCUUGGUCACCUCCCUGACCAAGGCCCUUCUCUCCAGAUUGCACAGUUGGGCCAGGCGGCCAGUUCUUGGAAAAUUCUUGGUGGUUCCAAACUUCUUCCAAUAAAGAAUGAUGGAGGAAACUGUGUUCUUGGGGGCCUUCAAUGCUGCAGACAUUUUUCGGUACCCUUCCCCAGAUCUGUGCCUCGACACAAUCCUGUCUUGGAGCUCUAUGGACAAUUCCUUCGACUUCAUGGCCUUGUUUAUGCUCUGACAUGCACUGUUAGUUGUGGGACCUUAUAUAGACAGGUGUGUCCCUUUCCAAAUCAUGUCCAAUCAAUUGAAUUUACCACAAGCAGACUCAAAACAAGUUGUAGAAACAUCUCAAGGAUGAUCAAUGGAAACAGGAUCCACCUGAGCCCCCGAGUCUCAUAGGAAAGGGUAUGAAUACUUAUGUAAAUAAGGUAUCUGUUUUAAUACAUUUGCUAAAAACCUGUUUUCACUUUUUAAUUAUGGGUUGUGUGUAGAUUGCUGAGGGUUUUUUAUUUAAUCUAUUUUAGAAAAUGGGGGGUCUGAAUACUUUCCGAAGGCAUUAACCUAUGGUUGAUGAAUGUGAAAAUGACAAUCCAUUUGCGGUAUGUAUGAAAUAUGUAUUGCAGUUAGCAAGGUGGAACUGUGAUAUGAUUACGCAAAUGUGUUUGUGUGUAUGUGCGUGCAAAUGUACAUACUCGAGUGAAUGUGUGUUUGGGUGUUUAGAAAUGGAGACAUAAGCUUUUGACAAAUAUUGCAAAUCAACUUUCAGCAAAAUUCUUCCCAGUAAAAAUGUUAAGUAGUUUAGCUCAAGUAAAGUUAAAUUAAUAGUAUUUAAACAUGUUAAGUGCAAUGUAAUACAAGCGUUGCAAUGACUGCUGGAGACAAAUUUAUAGGGCAAAGUAACUUUACAAUGUCAUCCACUGACUUAAACAGGUAGAGAAUGUAGGAGCAAGACCAUGGCCUGGCAAACUAGUAUGAUACAUUUACGGCCCAGAUUCAUAGAUCUCAGAAUUCCCACAUAACAAAGCAGACCUUUUUGGUAAUAUUCGGCAGACUUCAGUAGUCCAAUUUGGAAAUUAAAUGUUUCUCUUUAGAGAUUUGGUUCAGGUCGUUUAGUUGGGCCCUGGAUUUCAGCUCCUGCUCACGUUGUGUUCGAUCAGCAUCCUCCAUCCAGGUGAUACAAUGACAAGCUACCAGGGUAUGGAAUCAGUGAAACUCCUAAAGCUAGGCAGACCUAGGGGUUGUGGCUGACUCUAAAAGGGCUGAGGACUCAACCAUAUUUUGAAUGGAGAUACUGUAUUUUGAUUUGAGGUGAGCAGAGACUGGCACAGGGGGUAGUGUUUUGUCUGGUGCCAGAGGCUCUAACCCUGGGGUUUCACUGAAUAAAGCCUAUUGGAUCUAAA